AGGGCUGGCACCGGAGCGCCGCGGUGUCGGUGCAAUAAAAAUGCAUCCCAUGGAACUGCCCAUGGAGAAGGACGGGACCGAGCCGCAGCGGCCACAGGAGGUGGGAAAAGCGGAGGAGGACGGCCGGGAGGCGGCGGCGGCCGGGAAGUGAAAGGUCUCGCAAAGUUCAGCGUUGGCUGCGGGCGCCGAGCCCCGGGCGAGCGGCUCACCCGCCCUCCCGGCCGCUCUGCGGGCAGCGGCCAGGCCGGCUAUGGUCCCGGGGCUCCCGCCGCUCCUGAGCUGCCCGGGCCCCGCCAGGCCGGUGCGCGACGGUCACCCUGCCGCCCGGCGCGGCCCCGGCCCGCGGCUCCGUGCCCACGGUGCCCACUGAGCGAGUCUGGCGCCCCGGGAGGAGGAAGAACCACAGAGCCCCGGGUGCUCCCGAGGACCACUGCCGCUUCAUCCCACCCGCUCCCGCCGCUGCCCGGCCAUGGGGAGCUGCGCACGGCUGCUGCUGCUCUGGGGCUGCUCGGCGGUGGCCGCAGGAUUGAGUGGAGUAGCUGGAGCUAAUUCCCGCUGUGAGAAGGCCUGCAACCCUCGCAUGGGGAACCUGGCUUUGGGAAGAAAACUCCGGGCAGACAGCACCUGUGGUCAGAAUGCCACCGAACUGUUCUGCUUCUACAGUGAGAAUGCUGACCUCACUUGCCGGCAGCCCAAAUGCGACAAGUGCAACGCUGCCCACUCUCACCUGGCCCACCCGCCCUCUGCUAUGGCAGACUCGUCCUUCAGGUUCCCCCGUACGUGGUGGCAGUCUGCGGAGGAUGUGCACAGAGAAAAGAUCCAGUUAGACCUGGAAGCAGAAUUCUACUUUACUCACCUAAUUAUGGUGUUCAAGUCCCCCAGACCUGCAGCCAUGGUGCUGGACCGGUCCCAGGACUUUGGAAAGACGUGGAAGCCUUACAAGUACUUUGCAACCAACUGCUCGGCUACUUUUGGCCUGGAAGAUGAUGUUGUCAAGAAGGGAGCUCUUUGCACGUCUAGAUACUCAGAUGCUUUUCCAUGCACCGGAGGAGAGGUUAUUUUCAGGGCUCUGUCACCGCCAUAUGACAUAGAAAACCCUUACAGUACCAGAGUUCAGGAGCAGCUGAAGAUCACCAACCUCCGUGUGCAGAUGCUCAAGAGACAGCCCUGCCCUUGUCAGGGAAACGACCUGAAUGCCAAGCCCCAACACUUCACACACUACGCAAUCUAUGACUUCAUUGCCAAGGGCAGCUGCUUCUGCAACGGCCAUGCUGAUCAGUGUGUACCUGUUGAUGGCUUCAGACCUGUCAAGGCUCCAGGAGCAUUCCAUAUGGUGCAUGGGAAGUGCAUGUGCAAACACAACACAGCGGGCAGCCACUGCCAACAUUGUGCCCCGCUGUACAAUGACCGGCCCUGGGAGGCAGCAGACGGCAGAACAGGGGCUCCUAACGAGUGCAGGACCUGCAAGUGCAACGGGCAUGCCGACACCUGUCACUUCGACAUCAAUGUGUGGGAGGCGUCAGGGAAUCGCAGCGGUGGUGUCUGCAACAACUGUCAGCACAAUACUGAAGGACAGCACUGUCAGCGCUGUAAGCCGGGUUUCUACCGUGACCUCAGGAGACCCUUCUCUGCCCCAGAUGCUUGCAAAGCCUGUUCCUGCCAUCCAGUUGGAUCAGCUACUCUUCCUUUCAGCUCAGCGACCUUCUGUGACCCUAGCAACGGUGACUGCCCUUGUAAGCCCGGGGUGGCAGGGCCACACUGUGACAGGUGCAUGGUGGGAUACUGGGGCUUUGGAGACUAUGGCUGCAGACCUUGUGACUGUGCAGGGAGCUGUGACCCACACACAGGAGACUGCAUCAGCAGUAGUGCUGACAUAGAUUGGUACCACGAACUCCCCGCCCUUCCAUCUCCACAUAAUAAGAGUGAGCCGACCUGGGAGUGGGGGGAUGAACAGGGAUUCUCUGCACUCCGACACUCAGGUAAAUGUGAAUGUAAGGAACAAGUGUUAGGAAACCCCAAGGCAUUCUGUGGAAUGAAGUAUUCAUAUGUGUUAAAAAUCAAGAUUUUAUCAGCGCAUGAUAAAGGCUCACAUGCCGAAGUCAAUGUGAAAAUAAAAAAAGUCUUACAGUCGACGAAACUGAAGAUCUUACGAGGCAAGAGAACCCUGUAUCCAGAGUCCUGGACAAACAGAGGCUGCACUUGCCCGAUCCUCAAUCCAGGUCUGGAGUACCUUGUAGCUGGACAUGAGGAUGUAAGAACAGGCAAACUGGUUGUGAAUAUGAAAAGCUUUGUCCAGCGCUGGAAACCAGCUCUUGGGAGAAGAGUCAUGCACAUCUUAAAAAGAGAGUGCAAGUAGCACUGGAGGUGUGAAGUAGCACUGGACAUGUGAAGUAGCACUGGCGGUGUGAAGUAGCACUGGACGUGUGGAGUAGCACUGGAGGUGUGGAGUAGCACUGGCGGUGUGGAGUAGCACUGGACGUGUGAAGUAGCACUGGACGUGUGAAGUAGCACUGGACGUGUGAAGUAGCACUGGGCGUGUGAAGCACCCAAUGGGCUCUUCUCUGGGUAGAUACACAAGUGUAACAAAAAAGAGACCUCGAAAUGAAACUGGAAUAUUUUUUAAGUGCCAAAAAGUAGAAAAAUGUUCCAAUGCAUAGGCCUUGUCUGGCCUAUCUGUCCUGGAUCUGUGUUUAAAUACAGCGUUGUUUCAUAAAGAGAAGUGAAAAUCCCUGCGCUGAUAGCUGCUUCCCGUGGAACUGGUUUCGAAUGUCACAGCUAUGGAGAAAAUUUUAAUAGCAACGUGAUCGUUAACAGUCACCCCUUAAGGGCUGUAUCCCUGACAAGUUCUCCCCCAGUUUUAGAUAUGCCAUGUACAUUGUAUUUGAUGCUAUUUAAGGAAUUAAUGAGACUUUAGGGACCCCCCUCCACUCUUCCAUCAGGAAAGGCAUUUCUUAAAAAGGGCCUUGUCUUGUGUGCUGGGUAUGGACGUCGGCGUGUGGGAUAUGAAAGGAACGUCUCUGUGUAUAUAUAGUAUUUCUUCGCGUAAAGCACUUUACCUACCACUGAUGUUGUGAGCGUUCUGAGACCGUACUGACAGGAAGAAGGGCUGGGUGAAGACUUGCUGAAGCAUGACCACUGCCACUGUGGGUACACGGAUGCAGGGGCCAUGGAUACAGACAGCUAUGCUGACCCUGCGAGAAAUGCUGUAAAGACACAACCUAAAAGGAGAAUGUUUGGAUGAAGUCUCUGAGAGGUCACAAGAUACUAGUCAUGAUGAAACUUAAAAAGAGAGAGAGACCUUAAGAGGAAGAAACCAUUAAGUGUAGAAAUAGGCUUACAUACAGGGAGAGUAGACUUUAAAUGUUGAAAAGCUCUUUUAUUUGUGAUGCACUUGUACACACUUCAAAAAUUAUUGUAAACACAGAAUCUGUUCUAUUUUUGUGUCUAGUAUUUAAACAUGAACAUUGGACCAGUUUUCUUUUCUUCUCUUAUUAACAGUACAUGGUCAUGACAUUUACCGGUUUCCUAACACAACAUAUGUAUAGUUCACCAGAUUACUGUAUUUCAUUAUCUUUCAUUUUCUUUAUCCAGGCAUAGCCACUCUGUGUACAGUUUCUGCUGUACUGGAAUUUUACAAACCAGGAGCCACAGAGCCGAAACUUUAGGUUCAUAUCUAGAUCAUCUUUUUCCCUGAGAUCCUGUGGACUCACAAAUAUACAUUAUAUAUGUAUAUGUAUAUAUACAUAUAUGUAUUGCUUUGUGAAUUUGUUUUUAUAUUUCAUGUAUGUAAUAAAGGAAUAUGACCUACUGA